AUGAACCAUCCAGCAAUUUCACCAUUGAAGGAUCAAUUGCUGGAAGUUGCCGAAAUAUGCCGCCAGCAUGUCGAGGUUUUUGGAUCAAGAUGCCCAUCCAAUGUCGAAACAAGAUGGGUAUCCUUCAUCUAUCCUCUCCAUUUUAUCUGGACCAAGCGGGCGAAGGUGACAUUAUUCCAUUCCAUUCCUGACGGAACAGAAGAUCUUUAUAAGUGUUCCGUCAUCUUCGCCAGCUUGGUCCUGAUCUUCGAAGACCCGAAGUCUCCACUUUCCAGGGUCUAUCCUUGCAUCUAUAAUGCAAUGAAGGCCCUGGAAGAGCUUGAUGCCGAAAACAACAGAUUCGCCAGAAUCUUUAGGGACAUCUUGCUUGAGAAGACCAUUCAUUCGCAAAUGGGAGGCCUUUGGGCAUUUGCAUACAUCAUUACACCCAAAGGCCUCAUGUUUGCUAGGAACAGUAUCAAUAGCAGAGAAUUCCCUCCCCCAACAAGCGGCUACGUGAAGAUGUUCCACUACCGGCAGAAAGAGGAAGACCCGAUAGAAGAUGUCAGGGAAAUCUUCAUGGGAGACGCCGCCGCUGAAGCAGAAGGAAACACCGAACCACCAGCACCCUCGUUGAAGCACAAUUGGCCAGCCCAGGAUCUUAAUAGAUUCAAUGAAGAUCUUCAUGAGCAGGAAGAAGUUCAUGAGAGUAAUGAUGAUACUGAGGGUGAAGAGCUCUGUGAUUCUCCGAUGGUUGAUGCUGCAAUUAGCUGGUUCACAAGCGAACUCAAAAAAAGAGGACGUAGUGAUGAUGUGAUUGAUGAUAUAGUUAAACUAUUUAAAGAUAUGAUUGCCAAUAACAAUCAUAUCUUUAAAACAUCAAGAACUGUAAGUGGCUUGGACAUUUUUGAUUUUAAUUUUAAAAUCAAUGAUGAAAAUUGGGGAUUGUUCGCAAAUAUAUGCCUCCGCAUAACUUGCUGCACUUGUGCGGAGGCAAGCUGUGAAAGAACAAUCUCAGCCCAGCGUCUCAUCUUAACUUGUUCAAAUUUAAACAUGA